GGGUCUCACAGCUAUUUUUCGUGGCGCUAGUUCUAAGUAUUAGUUCUUCCGGUGUACAUCACAUUGGCAAUGCCAGUGUUUUUUGACAAUUUUCUAAAUCAUUUAGUGAAAUACAAAACGAAUUGACGGAUAUUUGGUCUGUCUAUUCAGGUUCAGCUAGCUCGCUGUAAUUGAAGUCAAAUAUGGAUAUCCCCACUCCCCCCGAAGAUCAAGAGCUGAGGAAUGUGAUUGACAAACUGGCCCAGUUUGUCGCUCGGAACGGGCCAGAGUUUGAAAAGAUGACAAUGGAGAAACAGAAAGACAACCCUAAGUUCUCCUUCCUCUUUGGGGGAGAAUACUUCAGCUACUACAAGUGCAAGCUUGCUAUGGAGCAACAGCAGCAUCCCUCUACCCAUGAUGGGGAGGAGUAUAAAUCUGAAGAUAUGUACAACCCGGGUGCCAAAGAGGUGGUUGAUAUACCUCCUCCACCGAUGCCAAUGAUUGCUCCACCUCCCAUUCCUCCGCCUGCUGCACCCUCUAUCGAUGAGCUCAUCCAACAGAGCCAAUGGAACCUGCAGCAACAGGAACAGCAUCUUCACACACUCAGACAGGAGCAAGUGACUGCAGCCAUAGCUCUGGCUAUGGAGCAGCAGACCCAAAAACUGCUGCUGGAAACUCAGUUGGACAUCACAGAGUUUGACAACCUGUUGCAGCCCAUCAUAGACACCUGCACCAAAGAUGCUAUCUCUGCUGGGAAGAACUGGAUGUUCAACAACGCCAAGACUCCACAGCACUGUGACCUGAUGACAUCACAUCUUCGCAACCGUAUCACUGCCGAUGGAGCACAUUUUGAACUCCGCCUACAUCUCAUCUAUUUAACCAAUGACGUUCUCCAUCACUGCCAGCGGAAGCAGCAGAAGGAUUUGUUGGCAGCACUGCAGAAAGUUGUGGUUCCCAUCUACUGCACCAGCUUCCUGGCUGUAGAGGAAGAGAAGCAGCAGAAGAUCACCAGGUUGUUGCAGCUUUGGGAGAAGAAUGGGUACUUUGAUGACGAGACCAUUCAGCAGCUCCAGAAUCCAGCACUGGGCCUCGGCCAGUACCAAGCAUCUCUGAUAACAGAGUACGCUGCGGUGGUGCAGCCGAUCCAGCUGGCCUUCCAGCAGCAGAUCCAGGCUUUGAAGACCCAACAUGAAGAGUUUGUUGCCAGCCUAAAGCAGCAGCAGCAACCACCCCAGCAGCAGCCACCCCAGCAGCAACCACCACAACAGAAACAACCACAGCAACAACCACCACAGCAGCAACCACAGCCUGCCCCUGUAGCACAGCUAGCUACCCCUGCUGAGCCUGAAAAGGUCCCACCUAUGACCUCACAAGCUGGGGAUGUGAAGCCUUCCAUAUCGGGUCCUCCUCCAGGGGAGUUUGAUGGCGCUUCCUCCAGACCACAGGAUCCCAGCAACCCCAGUGGACCCUCAGAUAUCCCCUCUAACAAGCCUGCUUGGUAUGACCCCCAGCACAUGGGCCCCUGGAACCCCAACCAGCCGCCUCCUUUUGACCCAAACCAGCCUCCACCUCCUUGCCCUCCAUGGAACAGCCAUGAGGGGAUGUGGAAUGACCAGAGGGACCCAGGGAACUGGAGUGGAGGUCCACCCAGAGAAGGAGGCCCCUGGAGCGGUCCAGGUGGAUCUGAACCAGGCCCUCCAUCUUGGAACUCAUAUGACCAGCAGCCACCAUGGGGGAACCAGCCUGACCAGCCUCCCUGGGGCCAGAGGGAGCCCCCAUUUCCUCCACGCAUGCAGAGACCCCCCCAUUUCAGAGGACCCUUCCCUCCCCACCAGCAGCCACCUCCUUUCAACCAGCCCCCUCCACCACCACACAGUUUUGGACGCUUCCCGCCACGAUUUAUGCAGGAUGACUUUCCUCCCAGACACCACUACGACAGGCCGCCGUACACCCCGCACCGCUUUGACUAUGCCCAGGGAGAAUAUCCUGGAGACAUGCCAGGUCCUCCUCCCCACCACCAUCCCAAUCAGAGGCUCCCUCCCCCAGGUAUGGGGGCUGAUCAUCCUCCGUGGGGUGGGAGCCAGCACCCGGAUUUUGGACCACCCCCCCAUGGCUUCAAUGGCCAUUCACCCCACAUGCGACAUCGGCAGCAUCCAGUCCAAGAUGACCCAAGUCUUGUGCCAAACGUACCCUACUUUGACCUGCCAGCUGGUCUCAUGGCUCCACUGGUCAAACUUGAGGACUGUGAUUAUAAACCUCUGGACCCUAAAGACAUCCGACUGCCUCCACCCAUGCCACCUAGUGAUCGUCUGCUUGCUGCUGUUGAAGCUUUCUACAGCCCUCCAUCCCAUGAUCGGCCUAGAAACAGUGAAGGCUGGGAGCAGAACGGCCUGUAUGAGUUCUUCAGGGCCAAGAUGAGAGCCAGGAGGAAAAAGGGACAGGAGAAACGCAACAGUGGUCGUGGAGGCAGUCGUUCCAGGAGUCACUCUCGCAGCAGAGGGAGGUCUUCGUCUCGCUCCAGCUCUCGCUCUUCAAAGUCCUCCAGGACACGGUCCCGCUCAUCUCGUUCCCGCUCCCACAGCCGCUCCCGCUCCUACUCACGGUCCAGGUCCAGGAGUAGAUCCAGAUCAUCUCGGAGUCGCUCUCGCUCCAGAUCCAGAUCCCGUUCACGUUCACCCACCAAGAGACGCCGUGGCCCCAAAUCCCGUAGCUCCUCUCCUCCCUCCACAUCAGUGUUGGGUGGUCCUCCCUCCAAACUGUCUACAGAUACCAGGCUAGGGGAGGAGAACAAGGGCCAUCAGCUCCUGAUGAAGAUGGGCUGGAGUGGUUCAGGUGGUUUGGGGGCAAAAGAACAGGGCAUCCAGGACCCCAUCAAAGGAGGAGAUGUCAGGGAUAAAUGGGACCAGUACAAAGGUGUGGGUGUGUCGUUGGAUGACCCUUAUGAGAACUAUCGCAGGAACAAGAGCUACAACUUUGUCGCUCGCAUGAAGGCACGAGAGGAAGUGAAUCGGGAACCUCAGGAGGCCCCUUCAACUGACUGAUGUCUUCAAAUGGCGUCAAACAACAUCUUCCCCGUCACCACCUCCACCAAGGAUUGGAAUUUCAGAUCGGCUUUUCAGAUCUGUCUGUUUUCGGACCAGGAGUUUAGUCAGCAGUCCCAAAUCUUUCCUCUUUCCGCAGAAACCAGAGUGACAAUAACAUACAAAGUACCACCACACUUGUAAAGGUUGUGAAAAAGUGCAAAGCCUUUUUGCUCUCUGCUCAGUUUAAGAGCUUGGAUGGGUGUGUCCUAGCAGUAAGCAUCACAUUGCAGAUGGAACAGUGAGCAUUAACACUCGUAACAGUGCAGAGCUCAGCCAGGAUUUUUAAUUCAGCAGUCUUCAAGGACACUGGACACAGUGUAAUGUAGCACUCACUUUUGCUCACACAGUUUUUCCACUCCUAGUGUUUUGGAUUUGAAAUUUUUUAACAGUCUCUAAAAAAGAGUCUCAGACUUCCUUCAGUGUAUAGACUGAUAAUAGAAAGGUGACUUAUAUUUUGCCUUAACAUUUAAGAUAGCUACAGAAAAUAAAUGUGACAAAUUUUGAGAAAAAAUUCAGAGUACAAAAAAGUCAAAUGCUGUUUUGAAAGUGAGUGGACCUCUUUCAUUUAUACAGACAUGACAAUAAUUGAAUGGGGUUUGUUAAAGUUUGUUGAAGUUUGUUAAUUAUUUUAAUUUGGGUUUCGCACAGUUUUCACAUUAGUUCAACCGAUUCAGAAAAAAAUAUCAUUUGCCCCUCAUUGUGUCUCCAUAAAAUGAUUUCAGUUUUAUUUGCUGAGGAUUUUGAAGAUAAUUAAAAAAAAAAAAAAAUCUUUUAUAAAACUCAACAGCAAUGUUUUUCUUCCAGAAAUGACAUCUACUCACUAAUCUAGAUUUUUCUAAUGGAAGUAUUUUCUGCUGAAUGAAUAGUCCUGAUGAAAACUGCUCACUGUGGGUGGUGUCAAAGAUCUUAUUGGUGAAUUUAUCGUAGCUUCUGCAAAUAAAACUGAAGAUUUAUAUAUUCUAGAUAUCACUAGGAGUAAGUGGAAUGAUUUUUGUCAUUUAUGUGAACUGACUUUUUUAGGACAAAAAAAAACAGAAUAAGGUAUGGUGGCUUUGGUUGUUGGUUUUUCACUGUUGAUUAUGGUUAUACUUUUCCAUGUAAUGACUACUUCGAUGGAAAUAUGUAAGUCUGUCAUUUAGUUUUAGUAUUAAAAUAAAUCCCUCAAAACAAAAAGUAAUAAAUAUGAAAUCACCAUAGGGACAUAACCUAAAUAAAAACAACUCUGACUCUCAAA